AUGGCUCACAUCCCCAACCUAAACACUCUAAGACGUGGUCGAGGCCGAGGUCGUGGUACAGGUACAGAUGAUUCAAUCCCCCCUGGGAAAGAUCGCAUUGUCCAAGGAACAGACAAUGACGCAAGCGUGUCCCGCCUGAGCGCCGUCGAGCUCGGAUACCUCGAAGAUGCCUACGCCACAGCAUUGACACCCGGGAGCGCGACGCGGCGACUCCCAAUCAUCAACAGAGGAACCUACGUUCGCACAACAGCGAUCGACCAGCUCGUGGCCAGUUUUCUCGGCCCUUACUCCCCGGAACCUACACAGAAGAAACAGAUCAUCUCAUUAGGCGCCGGGUCGGACACGCGCGUUUUCCGACUUCUCUCGACGCGUCAAACACCGGACUUCGUCUACCACGAGCUCGAUUUCGCCGUCAACACAACAGCCAAGAUCCGCGCCAUUCGCUCGACACCUAUACUGCAGCGUGCAUUGGGUAUUGGCUCAUCUACAGCUCUAUCGGAGAAUGGGAAUGGAGUUACCGUGUCAGAGGCAGGGGACGCGCUCCAUUCGCCGUCAUACCAUGUCCACCCUGUUGAUCUACGGUCGCUGUCGAGAUGCAGUGAUCCCACUACAGCAUUGCCAGGGGUAGACACGACAUUGCCCACUUUGCUGAUCUCUGAGUGCUGUUUGAUAUAUUUGUCGCCCACCGAAGCGGAAGAUGUGGUCGCGUUUUUUACACAACGACUUUUUGGUCCUGGGCCUACAUCAGCCGGGCUCGAUGGCAGCGCGCAGGUGACGCAAACAGAUGCUGCUCCUCUUGGUUUGAUCCUAUAUGAGCCCAUUAGCCCGGAUGAUUCUUUCGGUCGUAUAAUGGUGUCGAAUCUUGCGACGAGGGGAAUCCAGCUGCAGACUCUCCACAAGUAUGCGUCACUUGAGGCGCAGCGGGGUCGGUUCCGAGAGCAGGGGUUCGGUACUGGUCAGGCUGCCGCUGAUAUUGAGUUCAUCUGGAAUCGAUGGGUUCGCGAGCAAGAGAAAGACAGAGUUGCUAGCCUUGAGAUGCUGGAUGAGAUGGAGGAGUGGCAGCUACUUGCACGGCAUUACUGCAUUGCUUGGGGUUGGAGAGAUCGGGAUGAUGUCUCGGCCUUUGCUGGGUGGAAGGACCUUGAGGCUCAACAAGACGAGUAG